CUGUGCUGGAGCUUGUCGACGCGCUAGGUGGAUGUGACCGCGCAUUUGCGCGCCCCCGAGGACCGAGCGCGUGACUUAAAGCUGGAAACCAACGGUGGGACCGCGCGCGCUCGAGUUUAGAAAGAUAAUUAGCUGUUUUAAAAUCCUCGAGUUUUGAGUUAAUAAUUCAGAGCACAGUGCUAAUGCAUUUUUGCUUUCAACAAAGACGUUUGGGUUUGAGCGCUGUUGAGUAGUUGGAGUCCAGUUUGCGUCUUUAUUUGGGGCUCAGAUUUGAUUUCUUUUUUUCUUUUUUUUUUUUUCGGAAGCUGACGGACGGGUUCCGGUCUGACUGACUGACUGCAUUUUUCUGUCAGGAAAUUUGCUGCUACAAGAAGAUUCAGUUUAGUCUGUGCAAAACUAAAUCCCGAAUUAAACAGUAAAACGCAAUUUUCUAUAUUUUUGUGGAUUCUAACAUUCAAAAAAGAGGGCGUGUCUUAGCUGCGAGCGUAGUUCCAGUCCCCGCUCCUGUCAAAAUAAAGAAGCGGACAAACUCCGGGGCUGAGACGGACCGAGCGCCGUCUUUCUUGUGGCGAAUGUGAUAUUUUUAAGGGAGAGCUGGAGGAGGAAUGAUUUUGGAGACCUUUACGGAAAUAUAACGCUAUAUAGUGGAUUAUAAAAACAUUUCGAUCUUGGAUUACAUUUGAAGUUAUUGUGGUUAAACGAACUGUAACCUGGAUAGUUUUCCUGUGCACCUAUGAAAACAAGUAGGAUUAACUGUCAUUUUGAAACUUCGUAACGUCACGGAGCUACGAUUUAUUUCAGUCGUUUAUUUCUAACAGUUAUUAAAGUUGAUUUGUUUGGAUAUUCGUGUUAUUGACAGUAAUUCGGGUAACUACGUAUCCCAGUCGAAUUUAGGAGAUAUUUUGAUUAUUUGACUGCGCAGUAAAUGUGGUGUGCAGCGUUUCCCUGAUUUGAAAUGACAUUUUGCUCCAGACAGAACAUCCUUUUGUGGUGCAUAGCCAGAUUUAUUUAAACGUGAACAAAUCUUGGAGUUUUAACAUGGCAAAGUGCUUAAGAAUCGUUUAAUUAAAACCAAAAAUAACGAAUUAGGGACUUUUUUUUGGUCUGUAAAAAAAAAAAAAAAAAAUGAAAACCUGAAAACUUUGCAUAAAGCAACCACAAUUGCGGAAACUAAUCAUUUGAUGGUUUUAUUUUUAUUUAUUUAUUUGGAGUCGUCGAUUACAAAUGGAUUUCAUAAAUGCCUUGAAGUUAUUGUUGCACCUUCACUACUGCUGAAAUAGACGUUUUCUAAUAUCGGAAAGCGCGCAGUACCUUUAUUAUAAAACUACAUUCACUUCAGUAGUCCUUCGGGAAAUAGUUGGCCAAAGUCCAAAGAAUGUUUGAACGCUACAUACCAAAGAAGAUGAAUCCGUUUCUUGCUUUACGGUGUAUAUGACAUUGCUGCUUGUCUUUGGAUCGGAUAUAAACAAAAUAAAGGCUGAAAUAAAAGCUUUUGCAAACUGCAUCCUAUUUGUGCCAGCUAUUAAGAAGAAUUGGAUUUUCCAUUGGAAUUGGGUUUCCUCAACAGUUACAGGUUUGUUUUGCUCCAGAUGCCAGAAACAGAAUAAUAAAAACAGCUGCGACUCUCUUCUUUCAGAGUUCUGGGUGACAGUACAACAUGCUAAUAUUUAGUGCUUUCCUUUCAGGUUUAUCCACACGCCAAGAUGUGGCAAAGUGUUAUUUCCGCUUGAACUGAAACACGCAGCGCUUUGCAGUUUAAACCGGGAACAGAUUUGUUUUUCUUUCUGGAAGAACAUCAUACUCUGGUUGUACGCCUUCCCAGGUGUCGCCCCUGGGAACAGGCUUCGAUUCCCCAGCCCGGUUUUGGGAGCCCUGCUUUACACCUGGGUCAUUACAGAUGCGUUGUGUUGUGUUCUGGGUAAUGGCUUCCAUUGCAUGGAUGGUUCCCCUUUGUUUACAAGUUCCACUGACAGCUGAAAUCCCAAGAAGAAUAUAAGCGAUGCUAAUAAACAGCUAGCAGCAUUAAUGUCUCUGUGCUUUUAAAGACUAUGUCAGGGUGCAAGGGAUACCACUGACCACCGCCAGGAGAGCGUGGGGAAUAUUGCCUUCUGAUUACCGCUUUCUGCUUGGAGCAGAGGGGCAAAAUCAAGCAGUUGGCAAACACUUUUCCAGAAAAGAUAUCUGUGUAAUGUGAGACACACAACAAGGAUUUUCCAAGACCUCAGCUUAGCUUGAGACAACAGCCAGCUUCAAAAAUGGAUGAGCAGCAGGCCCUGCACUCCAUCAUGAAGGACCUGGUUGCUCUGCAGAUGGGCCGGCGGCACAGACUGAGCGGCUAUGACAGCGUCAAGAGCAAGGCCCCCAGCCACUCCAACAAGCAGAGUGAAGUGAGAAUAAAGUUUGAACUCAAUGGAGAAAGAAGAAUAAUCCAGUUUGCUCGGCCAGUGAAGUACGAGGAUGUGGGGCAGAAAGUGAAGACAGCGUUCGGGCAGCAGCUUGACCUGCAUUACAUGAACAAUGAGCUGUCCAUCCCACUACGAGGGCAGGACGACCUGGACAAAGCCAUCGACCUCCUGGACCGGAGCUCCAACAUGAAGAGCAUCAAGAUCCUGCUGCUGUGCCAGGAGAAGAACCACGUCACGUCUCCGUCCCACACCACUGCUCCCAAGCAGGUGCGAAUCAAAGCGUCCCAGUCCAUGGGAGACGUGAACACAGUAUUCCAGCCCUCUGAGCCCCGGGGCCGCCACCUCUCAGUCAGUUCUCAGAACACGGGCCGCAGCUCGCCCCCUCCUGGCUAUGUCCCAGAGAGACAGCAGCGCAUCGCCCGGCAGGGCUCCUACACCAGCAUCAACAGUGAGGGCGAGUUCAUUCCGGAGAGCCACGACCAGUGUAUGCUGGACCCUCUGAGCAGUGCAGAGAACUCUGUGUCUGGAAGCUGCACGUCGCUGGACAGAACUGCAGACAGCCCUUCCCUUCGGAAAUCCCGGAUGUCGAGAGCGCAGAGCUAUCCUGAUAACAGACAGGAGUUCUCAGAUCGGGAGAACCAGGUCUACGACAAAGCCGGGAAAGGCGGCACGUAUCCACGGCGAUACCACGUAUCCAUGCAGCACAAGGAUUACAAUGAUGGCCGGCGCACAUUCCCUCGGAUCCGCCGGCAGCAGGGGAACCUCUUCACUCUCGUCCCGUCCAGCCGCUCGCUCAGCACCAAUGGGGAGAACCUGGGGCUGGCAGUGCAGUACCUGGACAGCAGAGGGCGCCUGCGCAGCGCAGACAGCGAGAACACUCUGACUGUGCAGGAGAGGAACGUUCCCACCAAGUCUCCCAGUGCCCCAGUGAACUGGCGGAGAGGGAAGCUGCUGGGACAGGGAGCCUUUGGGCGUGUCUACCUGUGCUACGAUGUGGACACGGGCCGUGAGCUCGCCGCCAAGCAGGUCCAGUUCGACCCGGAGAGCCCCGAGACCAGCAAGGAGGUGAGUGCGCUGGAGUGUGAGAUCCAGUUACUGAAGAACCUUCAUCACGAGCGGAUAGUGCAGUACUACGGCUGCCUGAGGGACAAGGCUCAUAAGACACUCACCAUCUUCAUGGAGUACAUGCCCGGGGGCUCUGUGAAGGAUCAGCUGAAGGCAUACGGAGCGCUUACGGAGAACGUGACCCGGAAGUACACACGGCAGAUCCUGGAGGGCAUGUCCUACCUGCACAGCAACAUGAUCGUGCACCGCGAUAUCAAAGGGGCCAAUAUUCUGCGUGACUCUGCGGGUAACGUGAAGCUGGGGGAUUUUGGCGCCAGCAAGCGCCUGCAGACCAUCUGCAUGUCCGGGACGGGGAUCCGCUCAGUCACCGGCACCCCCUACUGGAUGAGUCCGGAGGUGAUCAGCGGGGAGGGCUACGGCAGGAAGGCUGAUGUGUGGAGUCUGGGCUGCACAGUGGUGGAGAUGCUGACGGAGAAGCCACCGUGGGCAGAGUUUGAAGCCAUGGCAGCCAUUUUCAAGAUCGCCACCCAGCCAACCAACCCCCAGCUCCCCUCGCACAUCUCGGACCACUGCCGGGACUUCCUGAAGCGCAUCUUCGUGGAGGCGAAGCACCGGCCAUCCGCAGAGGAGCUGCUGAGACACCCCAUCUCUCAGACCGUGUUCUGAGCUCGCCCCCCCCUCUCCAGACAGAUGGACUGGGGGCGGCCCGCCGAGCUGCAGCGUUACCAGCUUCUUCAUCCCGUGGAGAGAAGGGAGCAAUCCAUCACCAGCAGGGGUGCUGCAAAGAAACUAAGUGUGUGUGUGUCUCUGAAAACAGAGAAGCAGUUAUCCUUCAAGUUCAGUGCUCGCACUACCAGUGCAAUCCAGAAGAGGUGACUGCAGGCUGUCAGAUUUCUUGUCCAAAGACUUUGUGUUGCUGAUGACAGAUCUGCAGAGCCCAGGAUCCACUGGAGUAUUUGUACUUGUGCCAAUCCGUCUGAUCUUGUUCCUGCCUUCACCGUCCUCCCGUGCAGUAGCUCAGGAGAGACGUGUGUCUUCAUACCUUUACCAAAGAGUAUUUCCUCACUGGAGCCACACAGCUGUACUGUGCUGUGCCCGGCGCCCUCGGGGUUUAAAAAGGGAUUCCGCUUCCGAAGCAUACCAAAGAAAAGUGUCCUUACUGAGAGAAUUAUAAUGAUUGCUUUAAAUAUCCACUCCAGUAUUUUAUACUUUACCAAAUGCUAUCUGUUACUGCGGCAUGGAGAAAAGACUCUCACAGGGGUUCAGACAUGCCAAAUCCUAGCAUUUAUUUUUUCAGAAAUGCACUUUUUAUGAAUGUAGUUUUUUUUAGCUUUUAGCUCUUUUCUUCUCAUAUAAUGUGAUGCCUCUUUUACUUUAUUUAUAUCCUCGAGUUCAUUAAUUGAUGAGGUUUUUUUUUUAUAUCCCGACUCUAGACUGUUUGAAAUCUAAUGAUGCCUUUAAAACAAAAAAGAGAAAAAGCAGCUGGUUUUGCAGAGAAUAUGCAGAAGGUUUAUUUGUAGUGAAGAUCUGGGAGAAAUGAUCAAUCGCCUUGUUUCCUGUCAGAUCUCAUCAAUCCACAGAAUAAGGGUAGACUGUAGUAUAACUGUAGAACCUGAGGAUUCAUUUAGUUUGACAUGUUUUCAGCUAAAUGUACCAGUGUAUAAGCCCAUUAAUGUGCAGUGUUACCUGCCUGUCUCCAAAUGAAUUGGCUAUUCCUGUGGCUAUGUAGUCUUGCUGGUAGAGAAGGCUCCCUCAUUGGCACAAUGACCAGCUCAUCAUUAAGACUAGUCUGUCAGAACAUCGUUCCUCUGACUAGCUCUCCUUUUGGACCUUUAUCUGGGAUUCAAAUAACUGCAGGCAGAACUGCUUUACAAGAACACCUGCUUCUCAUUAUUCAUGGGCUGCUGCCAGUAUCUUCAAACCAACAAAGCACGCUAAAUGAACCCUGUGGUCCUUUACAAGGAGGGGUUUAGUAAAUAAAUAUGCCGAGCUGCACGAGAAUGAUUUAAAACCAUCGGUGGUACUUUCAUCAGAAAAGAUGUUAAUUCAUCUUGCUUACUUCACAAAAGCAAGCCCACGUUGUCAUGGCAGCCCAUCGCUUGUGAACCACUGCCUUCAUAGGGUGAGUGGAGAGGGUGGGAGGCGCUCCAGACAGUGAUUCUGCAGUGUGUGUCUCAGCUCUGCAGUGGAAUCUGACAGGGUGUGAGUAUAGUGGAGAGAGGCGCUCCAGACAGUGAUUCUGCAGUGGAAUCUGACAGGGUGUGAGUAUAGUGGAGAGAGGCGCUCCAGACAGUGAUUCUGCAGUGUGUGACUCAGCUCUGUAGUGGAAUCUGACAGGGUGUGAGUAUAGUGGAGAGAGGCGCUCCAGACAGUGAUUCUGCAGUGUGUGUCUCAGCUCUGCAGUGGAAUCUGACAGGGUGUGAGUAUAGUGGAGAGAGACGCUCCAGACAGUGAUUCUGCAGUGUGUGUCUCAGCUCUACAGUGGAAUCUGACAGGGUGCGAUAGCCUGGCAUUUCUCCCAGCCUGACGAUUCUGUUUAGCCCAGGGUACAUCUGCCUCAUUAUUAAGAGUAACAUAAAUAAACACAGUUGAAAUGUUUUAUAUACUGUAAUGUUGUGACCUUCAUAUCCCAAAGGGCCAUUCCCAAAAGGACAGAUCAGGAACAUCCUUAAUUGGAAAAUGUUCUUUUUUUGGGUGGGGGGUAUCUUUUGCAUCAAAAGAUGUUAUUUAAACCUUUAUUGACAACACCGGGUAGGAAUCUGUGCUGUAGAUUUAUACAAGUUCUUACACCCGGAACAUGUGUUUCAGCCCUUCAGACAGUGCAUCGAUCUCAUGUAUACGGUAUUAUACGUGUUAACUCUACACAAGGAUAUUAACUGCACCCUAAUAAUGAGCUAUUUUAAGACAGCUGUACAAACAUGGUGGUGUAACACAGUAACCCUGACCCUGUGCGGAGGCAUUUUUGUCCAGUUGCCACAGUAGAAGCUUGUAAAUAGGUUUUGUGUUGCCAUGUUUGGUUUGCUAGAAUAUUUGAAUAAAAGGACAGAAAAAGCAGGUAUUAUCCUGUAUGGUAUACAAUCCAAAUACCAGCAGGCCUGUCUUUACACCCCAUGUAGAAUACAAACUUUUCAGUUUACUAUUGAAGUUAAAUGUUACUCUCAUGCAAGCAGUUCCAAGGCAGGCUGCUGUUAACAGGACUGUAAAUGGGUCAGGCUGCUGCUUCAUCUGUAACUGUGUAGUCACAGGGAAUGUCCUCUAUUGCAUCAAGCAUUGAGAAGAGUUUCUUGCUGCGGUUUCAUGGUCACUGAUGAGCACUGGCAGGGUGGGACCCUGGGUUAAACAGAAGACUAGGAACCAGUAUAUAUAUAUAUAUAUAUCGAUAGGGGGCUUGCAGUGCAAAGCCAGCCCAGUGUAUCAAAUGUAUUUACAAUAAAAUGAUCAAUAUACCUAU